UUUUUUACUACGCAAGUAUAUAAGCAAGUAUUUUAUCACAACUAUCAUUUCAAUCUUGACUAGCGAUCCAUCAUCAUGAGCUUCAUUAUAUUUAUUGGAAUUGUUGGAACUUUUUCAUCAGUUGUAGCAAGUGAUUAUUACAAUCAUCAAGUUCAUUCAACUUAUGAAGAAAAAACAAAACCAAUUGAAGUACCAAUUUACAAAAAAUAUGCAAUACCGAUUCCUCAUCCAGUGCCCGUAAAAGAAGAUAAAGAAAUAAAAAUUCCAAUACCACAGCCUUAUAGUCAUCCACUUAAAAUACCUGUACCUUUUCCAGUUGAAGUUGUACAAAAUGUUGAAGUUCCAUAUGACAAAUUCGAGCCUUAUGUUGUAGAAAAAAAAGUUGAAUUUGUUGUUGAAAAACCAUACCCUGUUUAUGUUGAUAAAAAGUUUGAAGUACCUGUUGCAAGACCAUACAUUGUUCAUGUGCCAAUUUACAAACAUGUUUAUCGUUAUCAUUAAAUUAAUUUCUUUUUUUUUAAUAUUAUUUUAUGUAUAAAUUUGUUAUUUCUUUUCU